UAUUUGCUAUGGCUUCAUACACUUAAAUAAUGGAAUUGAGCUCAAAAAUGGUUGUCUUCUGAAGAAAAAGAAAUUGCCAUGGGCUCUUUUAUAGGACACGCAGUGCAAGGGUCAGCAUUAGCGCUUCUUGGACUAUGGCACGCCAUCAACACCAUCAGAUCUUACCUUGUGAAGGGCCCUGCCAACUUCACUAUAAGAUUCUGGUACCAUUUUAAUACCACACAACCAAGACUUAAACACUUGGAGCUUGUUUCCAUUCUAUCCUUUUCCAUCCUUGCAAUUUUCAUGCAAGUUAUAGAUUUCCCUCAUUUCCACUAUGCUUUUAAGCUCGAUAACUUUGAGCAUGCAACUAUGUUCAUACACCUUGCUUUGUUUGCUGGUUUCUCCCUCUCCACUGAGUUGACUGAUUCAGUUGAUCUCUUUUCUGGGUUUGUGGGGAUACUUGCAUCCUCAGUGUUUAGUCAAGAGCUAUUCCUACUUCAUUUUCAUUCCACAGACCAUGUUGGACUUGAAGGCCAUUACCACUGGUUGCUGCAGCUCAUAGUACUUGUCUCACUUGUGGCAGCUUUGGCUGCUACUAUUUUUCCUAACAAUUUCAAUGCAGCUCUUGUACUUUCUAUUUCAGUUAUCUUCCAAGGAUGUUGGUUUAUAAACAUGGGGUUUAUGCUAUGGGUUCCUGCCUUUGUUCCUGAAGGGUGUUUGAUGAAUAUGGCCAAGGCCACUGGCCAUGAAAUCCUUGGAGCAGUUACUUGUGGCUCCAAAGAAGCUGAUUUUCGGGCUAGAGGAUUAGCCAAUUUACAAUUCAGUUGGAUCCUUUCUGCAAUUCUGAUAUUUGCAGGAAUCAUUUGCUUGAAACUGGCUAGAAAAUGUACCAUUAUAGACCGGUUGGAAUAUGAGAGAAUUCAAAGUAAAGGUGUAGACUCAGCUAUGGCCAAUGAAGGUUUAAAGCAGGCCAGAUAAUUUACCAGAGUUUGUUAAACAGGCCAAAUGCUUGCAUUUUUAAGGUCUUGAUUGUAUGCAACAGACCUGAGAUUAUGCAAUCAAUAAACUACAGUGUAUUUUAUACUAAAGCAGGUUUAAAUAGAUGUAUUCAACGAUAUGUUGAGUUUUAUAAACUGUUAGGAAAUCUUAAGCAAAACUAUCAG